ACAUUGCCCGAGCCUUUUAGCUUUUCUGGCUCACACACAACUUCCUUUCCUUUUUUAUAUGGAAAUCAGGGAAGAGGGUAGUGUAUAUUAGUAUAUUAGCAUUUCUAGCAGAUUUUUAACUGCCACUGAUGCCCGUUCAUCUUUGCAGUGUGGGUUUUCAUGCUGACAAAUCCUCUGCUUUGCCUUCUGCUCAGAGUCAGGUGGGCCCUUUAUUGAACAGAUUUAUCUGCUACAAGGCUACGCAGAAGGAUGGAAAGGAGGAACACAGGGGGGAAAAAAAAAUAGAUGAAAGGCCAUGCAUUGAUCACCUGAUGUACUCCAGAGACAAACAUGGCUAUUACAGGUAACAUGGAGCAGCCCUUCUGGCCUUUUCAGUUGUAUUCAGAGAGAUGUUUGCCUGCUGUGAAUAUCUGGGUGCUUGGAGUUCACUCUGAUUUUAACAAGCCCAUCAAUAAUAAAACAUUGUAUUGAUAGAGCAAGAUCUAAUUCUGUAAAGUUGUUGCUCCACAGAAAAGCAGCAUAAAGAAGCUAGCUGGAUUAUUUGUAUGAUAUGUAGCUUUUUUAGGAUGUUUUGUUCUUUAUAUGGUGUUCAUUUCAAAUACAAGCGUGUGAACUUUGUGUUCCCUUUUAGGGGCUGGUUCUGGGGUAACAAGGAAACACAAGGCCUAAACACCUCUGGCUUGUCUGUCCAAGGAUCUGCCUCAAUUGUGGCUCCCAUCCUUCUGAAGAACUCUUCAGCACAGUGAGUUACCUUCUAUAACUAUUUAUUGUUGUAUUGUUGUUGUGAGACCUCAUUGCUGGGUGAGAAGACCAGGGGAAAUUAAAGGCUGUAUGCCACUGUUACUUCACUGAAUUCUUGUACUCUGUUAAAAUCAAAACAAAAGGGAUUUACACUGUAAGAAACACUUAAAUGUAAGUUAAGGUAAAGGUCACAGUGCUAAAACCUAAGAGCAGAUAGCCUUGAGCUCCUUUAUAUUCCUACUCCUGCCUCCAGGGUAUCAUCAGCUAUCCCCUAGAUCUUGCAGUGGAAGAGAUGCUGAACCAUCAGCUGUUCCAUAUUCUACACCACGUGUCUUUUUACCAUGCUCCUCUGAGAAGCAUCUCUCCCUUCUCUGUUUCUUUGCAGACAAGAAGGGAGAAAUUUGGAUUGCCUUUGUUCUUUUGCCUGUUCAUAAAAAGGCCGCUUGUGGCUGUGUGCAGUGGCAACUGCAUCACAGAAUCUUAGAGGUGAUUAUUCGCAGGUUAAGGAAAUAAUUCCCUUUUUUGUCACUGCUGCGCUGAAUUUCAUAGGCGUGUGUGUGGCUCGAUGCCUAAGAUAUUUAAAGCAGGUUUUAUUCUUACAGGGGUUUUGCACACUAAAGUGUGCGCCCAGGUUUUGUUUCCAGAAGUGAGGUGUAGCGCUGGGUGUUUCAUUUGGUGUGUUACUUGUUCUGUUGUGUCAAUAACUGCAGUGUCCUCCCUGUGCCUGUGUAUUGCAGGGGCAGUCGAGUGCUGGUUAUAAAGGUGGUGAUAAUUAGGAAUAAGCUGUUUAAGCUUGGAUAAAUGUUUAGAAAUCAUUGCUUAGAUAUUGCUGUGUAAAACGCUCGCUCGCGGUGGGAGAAUUCUCCAGGGUCAAGCUGUUCAGAGGCAGGGUUCCUGGACGAGGUGACCCAGGACAGCUUCGUGCUGGGCCCGGGCUACGACCGCCCCUAGCAGCUGGAGCCCGCGGUGAGGGAGCCCAAGAGCAUCCAGCUGUACCAGCACCUCAGCCUCAAGAGCUGCAUCUGGACCUUCGACGCUUAUUACGACAUGACCGAGUUAAUUGAUGUCUGUGGGGGCUCUGUCACCGCUGACUUCCAGGUAAGGGACUCUGCCCAGUCCUUCCUGACAGUCCACGUCCCUCUCUCCGUGUCCUACAUCUGUGUGAUGGCACCGAGGGGCUGGGCUUCCCUGGAGCACCGCACCGAGAUGGAGUUCUCCUUCUUCUACGACACCGUUCUCUGGAGGACAGGGAUCCAGACGGACAGCGUGCUCUCGGCCCGCCUGCAGAUAAUCCCCAUCUACAUCCGCGAGGACGGACGGCUGGUCAGCGAGUUCAGGACGCAGGCCAAGUUCAGAGCGCUGUUUGUCACGGAGCACCACAGCCUGCCAGAGGUCAGGUCCUCUUUGAGAACUCCAGAGCACCUGGGAGGCAUCGAAUUUGACCUGCAGCUGCUGUGGAGUGCUCAGACUUUUGAUUCUCCCUGCCAGCUCUGGAGAGCAACCAGCUCCUACAGCAGGAAGGAUUACUCUGGAGAAUACACCAUGUUCCCGAUCCCCUGCACGGUGCAGCCCACGCAGCCGUGGGCAGAGCCUGGAGCCAAGCCCCUGCCCUGCAUGGCUCACGCUCCCGAGCGGUUUUUGAUCCUGAUCACCUUCCAGCAGACAAGCCGCCCAGUUCCAGUUGUUUACUCCCAGAACGCAAGAGUUUCAGAUCUGUAACGACGAGAAGGUUUUUCUAAUGGACCCCACCAAAUCGGAAAGGUCUCUGGCAGAAAUGGAUUACAAGGGGGGCUUUUUCCAAGGGUAGGAUUUACCUCUCCUCUUCUGCUUGUGCCCAGCGUUUCUGCUUUCACAGCUUCCAUUCCCUGGAGAGGAAAGGGCAAAACCCACAGGUAGCUUUGCCUCUUCUACAGCAAUCAUUGACAUCUU